AAUCCUGCUGCACUGACUGAGAUGCUUCAGAUGUGGGCCACAUCCAUCUAGCUCCACCCCUAUGCAAUUCAUCUCUGCAGAUUUGCCUGGAUUGCAAUUCAGAGGAAAUCCCAAAUAUCUAUACCCAAAGUGUCAUCAAUACAUGCCGCAAGAGGUGUCCAAGCUGAACUUGGGGAAGAAGAUCAGCAUCCCCAGAGAUGUGAUGCUAGAAGAGCUUUCUCUCCUCACUAACAGAGGAUCCAAGAUGUUCAAAUUACGCCAGCUGAGAGUGGAGAAGUUCAUUUAUGAGAAUAACCCUGAUGCCUUCACCGACAAUUCUGUGGAUCACUUUCAGAAGUUCAUCCCACCGGGAGGGCAUUACGGGGAAGAUGCUCACGGCUAUGCCCAAGGGCGGAUGGUAGGAGGAGUGACAGCUGGGCAGCACGGCUCCAGCAAGCAGCAGCAUCCUGGUGUCCCUGCCAGGCCUGGAAGCAAAGGAGGCCCUGGAGACAGUGAAGGGGAGCAUGGAGGCAAAUCGUCUGGAGACAGUGGAGAAGGAGGUGAUGGUACUGAGAAAGAUGGAAAGUCAGGAGGCAAAAAAGUAACUAUAUUUAAAACUUACAUCUCCCCUUGGGAACGAGCAAUGGGUAUCAGUCCCGAGGACAAAAGUCAGUUCACCACGGACUUACUGUCAUAUAGUCCCAAGGCUGAUUUCCCCCAUUACAAGUCUUUUAACAGGACUGCCAUGCCUUAUGGGGGUUAUGAGAAAGCAGCCAAAAGGAUGACCUUCAAAGUGCCUCAGUUUGAUAUCUGCCCUUUGCUCCCAGAAUCUCUCAUGAUAUAUAAUCAAAAUUUCAGCAAAAGACCCUCAUUCAACAGAACCCCAAUACCUUGGAUGCCUUCAGGAGACGCCUCGGAGUACCACACUGAGAUCAAUGUGCCAAUAAGUGGUGAAACAGAAGAGCUAUAAAUUCCCACUGCCAAGACCUUCCCUUUUUUUCUCAGCCCUUUCUAUCUGCAAGUUGACAGUAAGAGGCUGAAAAGUGCAACUCUAGUUCUGUCAGCCCUUUCUUUCUUUUGCCCUUAGCCAAAACAAGUUCCUAGCAGGUUCUAAACUUCUCUUCAAUGUGGUGUUAAUCCACAUCAGAAACAGUUUGAGGGAAAGGAGCUUUUUA